AUGCAUCACUCUUCGGAAUAUUACAAUCUUAGUACAGCUUUGAGGCAAGGUGCAAUCCAGGAUUUUGCUACGAUGGGUUUUGACUUGCUACAAGCCACUGUCAUUCCACCGAAUAUCUUCCUUGUUCAUCGCUAUUUCAAUCUGAUUUACCAAUUUUGGCUGCAUGCAAACGCUGUUCCAUAUUUGGGACCACUGGAAUACUUCUUCAAUACACCUUCCAGUCAUCGUGUACAUCAUGGCAGAAAUCCUUACUGUAUUGAUAGGAAUUACGGUGGUACACUAAUUAUUUGGGAUAGAUUAUUCGGCACCUAUGAGCCGGAGCGUAAAGGAGAAGAGAUCGCUUAC